AGCUGCUUCCUGGUUCUCCACGUGCUGCCAGCAGCGCUGGAGCUGCCCGAGCCGGAGCGGAGCCGCUGUUCUCAGCUGCAGCCAGGAUCUGCCCCCGGCCCCGCUGGGAUCCAGACAGGCUGCAGAAUGUUUUGCUCCAGCUCAUCCCAGCCUGGCGUGGGACAGGGAAGAGAAAUGGCUGCAGUGGAGUCAGUCCAGGGGCUGGUGACCUUCAAGGAGAUGGCUAUGGAUUUCACCAGGGAAGAGUGGGCUCUGCUGGACCCCACUCAGAGAGCCCUCUACUGGGAUGUCAUGCAGGAGAACUAUGAGACUGUGACCUCGCUGGGCCAGAGAAUAACAUCCAUGUUUCGCUGCAGAUCAUCUCGUCCUCCCAGGGACAAGGAAAUGGCUGCAAUGAAGCUGGCUCAGGUAAGAGAUUAUCAUGGUGGCGGGCUGUGCUUGGAGGUUGAGGAGCAGUAA